UGAUUUUUUUUCAAAAUUUCUUUUUGAAAAUCAAAUUGUGUGAAACUAUUUUUAUAUUUUUUAAAGUAUUUAUUUAUAUAUUUAUUAGAAUCCUAAAUUUCACAUUCUAAAAAUUCUACCCAGCCCUCAAGUCUAAACUCUAAUCUAGAUUAAUUAAUUCUAGACAUAUAAAAAGGUUUUUUACUCAGAGAAAAAGUGCAGUAUUCGUGUCAAUUUUCCACAGAGAAAAAGAAACAUGUGUUUUGAGAGAAAAGGAAACACCAAUAGCUGUUUUCUUAUAAAUAGGUGUCUUAAGGGACAACGAUCCAAUAACUGCGAAACACUUUUGUUCAUUCAAUUGUUCUGUGUGCUCUGAAGAUAAUUAUGGGAGAACGCAAAGUCCCAAACAAGUAUAUUCCGCCAGAUUUUGAUCCGAAGAAGAUACCUCGUCUCCGUAAACCGAACAACCAGCAAAAGAAGAUUCGAUUUAUGCUACCGGUUCGUAUUCGUUGUAACACAUGUGGUAAUUACAUGUCGGAAGGCACUAAAUUCAAUUGCCGUGAAGAUGAAGUCAUCAACGAGACGUACCUAGGGAUUAAAAUCCACAGGUUUUACAUCAAGUGCACCAACUGCUCGGCAGAGGUGACAAUUAAAACCGGUUCAAAGAACUCGGGUUAUAUUGUCGAAUCAGGUGCAGUUGGAGUUUAUAAUGGACUCGAGGAAGAGGAGAAGCAUGAGGUAGCUGAAAGCGCCUUGGAGUCGUUAGAGAAGAGAACUAAGGUAUCUAAAAGAGAGAUUGAAGUUAUGGCUGCACUUGAUGAGAUGAAGUCUAUGAAAUCUAGAAGAGCCUCGGUGAGCUUAGACUCACUGCUUGAGGCUUUGAAUAGAAGAAAUAAACUAAAAGAAGAGAACGCGGAGGAAGAAUUGCUCAUUAAGUCUAUAAAAUUUGGUACGAGGACUAGGAUUGAUGAAGAGAAAAACGAUGAGGUUUUGGAUGAGAAGAAGACGAAGAAGCCUAAGAGACGUGUUAACUGUACAUCUCCCAUUCAAAUAUCUUCCGUUCGCAUAGUCUCGAAGAAGACUGCAAAGGUAACAAGGGGACUCGACUCUCUGUGUCACAACUACGGCUCAGACAGCGAUGAGGAGAAAUAA